AUGAAGCUUCAGAGCUUUUCUCUGGCUUUAUUUUUAGGGUUUCUACUACUAUCGUUGACGCCGUCGUCCACGGCCAAAUUCUUGGUGGAGAAGAACAGCUUGAGGGUGACGUCGCCGGAUUCUAUCAAGGGAACAUACGAUAGCGCGAUUGGCAACUUCGGGAUUCCUCAAUACGGUGGUAGUAUGGCUGGGAACGUUGUGUUCCCGAAGGAUAAUCAGAAAGGGUGUAAGGAGUUUGAUGAGUCGGGGGUUUCCUUCAAAUCGAAAGCUGGUGCUCUUCCCACCUUCGUUUUGCUCGAUCGGGGAAGUUGCUUUUUUGCUUUGAAGGUAUGGAAUGCCCAGAAGGCUGGAGCUUCUGCUGUUCUUGUUGCAGAUGAUAUUGAGGAAAAACUAAUAACCAUGGACACUCCCGAAGAGGAUAGAUCAUCUGCAAAAUAUAUAGAGAAUAUAACAAUACCUUCGGCUCUCAUAGAGAAAAGUUUUGGUAAAAAAUUAAAGAGUGCCAUAAGUAGUGGGGAUAUGGUGAAUGUAAAUCUUGAUUGGAGGGAGGCUGUCCCCCACCCUGAUGAUCGUGUGGAGUAUGAGCUGUGGACCAACAGCAAUGAUGAGUGUGGAGUUAAAUGUGAUAUGCUGAUGGAAUUUGUGAAGGAUUUUAAGGGUGCGGCACAAAUAUUGGAGAAAGGUGGCUUUACUCAGUUUACACCCCACUAUAUAACUUGGUACUGUCCUCAGGCAUUCACAUUAAGUAAGCAAUGCAAGUCUCAGUGCAUUAACCAUGGAAGAUAUUGUGCUCCCGAUCCUGAGCAAGAUUUUAGCACUGGUUAUGAUGGGAAAGACGUGGUUGUUGAAAAUUUGAGGCAGUUAUGUGUUUACAAGGUGGCAAAUGAGACCCAAAAGCCUUGGGUAUGGUGGGACUAUGUCACUGAUUUUCAAAUUAGGUGCCCAAUGAAGGAGAAAAAAUACAACAAGAAAUGUGCAGAUGCUGUCAUUGAAUCACUUGGUCUUGAUAUUAAAAAGAUUGAAAAGUGCAUGGGAGAUCCAGAUGCCGAUUCUGAAAAUACUGUUUUGAAAGAAGAGCAAGAUGCCCAAAUUGGGAAGGGAUCACGAGGUGAUGUUACCAUAUUGCCUACGCUAGUUGUCAACAGUCGUCAGUAUCGAGGAAAAUUGGAGAAAGGUGCUGUUAUGAAAGCUAUUUGUUCAGGUUUUGAAGAAACUACUGAACCAGCUGUUUGUUUGAGCAGUGAGGUGGAGACAAACGAGUGUUUGGAUAACAAUGGUGGUUGUUGGCGGGAUAAAGGAGCUAACAUAACUGCAUGCAAGGAUACUUUCCGAGGGCGAGUAUGUGAAUGCCCUUUGGUAGAUGGUGUGCAGUUCAAAGGAGAUGGUUAUACGACUUGUGAAGCUAGUGGACCUGGAAGGUGCAAGAUAAACAAUGGGGGUUGUUGGCAUGAUGCCCGGAACGGACAUGCAUUUUCUGCUUGUUCGGAUAAUGGAGGAAUUAAAUGCGAGUGUCCUGCAGGGUUUAAAGGUGAUGGUGUUAAAGAUUGUAUAGACAUUGAUGAAUGUAAAGAGAAGAAAGCUUGUCAGUGCCCUGAAUGUAGCUGCAAGAAUACCUGGGGCAGCUAUAACUGUACUUGCAAUGGGGAUCUUCUGUAUAUCAGGGACCAUGAUACCUGCAUAAGUAAAACUUCUAGCCAGGAAGGGAAGUCUGCUUGGGCUGCAUUUUGGGUCAUUGUAACCGGCUUAGUUCUGGCCGCUGCAGGGGCAUACCUUGUCUACAAAUAUAGAAUAAGGUCAUAUAUGGAUUCUGAAAUAAGAGCCAUCAUGGCACAGUAUAUGCCCUUGGACAGCCAAUCAGAAGUUGUAAAUCACGUCAAUGAUGAAAGAGCAUGA